AGUGGCCCAGCGCCGCGGGAGGCGCCCGGAGCCGGUUCCCCGCUGGCCCCGGAGGCGUGGGCGGAGGGGGGGGCCCUCCCGGGAGCGAGACCCCGGGUUGCUCUCCGGCGCGGGGGACCCGCCUGCCCUCCGCUGCGGCCGGGAGGGCGGGGGAGGGGUGUCCCGCCCCCAGUGUCCCCAGAGCGCCGGCGCGGAGGGGCCGGCCUGCCCGCGUUGAGCGGGUCGCACGUCGGGCCCGCGCGGCGGGAGGUGGGGCGCGGCGUUCAAAGCGUCCGGGGUCGGAGCCGCCACCCCAGCUUCUGCUGGGCCGAGAGGCCUCCUGUGGGAGGUUCCGGGGAAAUCGGUUCCCAUUUCUCCUCUUCUGGGCCCGAGUCCCCCGGAGCAGCAGAGCCGCGAGCUCAAGGAACGGGGGCGUGGGGCUGCCCUGCGGGCUCGGGUCUCGGGGAGAUGCUGGUGGCCCUGGCCCUCCCGACCCCUGCGCGUCCCCUGUCCUGGGGCCUGCAGCUGACCCGGAGAGGCCUUGAUGGUCUCCCUGGCAAUGGGAAACGCUCCCGGAGGAGGAAGCACCAGGCGGUCCUCGCCCUUCCACGCAGUGUGAGGCUCUGGGACAGAGCCGGGCCCUGAAGCUCCUUGUCCUUGGGGGACCAGUGCUUUCUCCGUGUCCUGGUUGGGUCCCCUCCUCAGGACAGACUGCUGGAAGCCAAGGGUGGGGGAGGGAAGGAGGUGGCCCAGGAUGUGGAGACCUGUGGGGGAGGGGAGGGAGACAAGGGGCAGCGCAGUGAGGGGGGGGGGGCAAGAUGGCCCAGGUUGGGGCAGGAGGUGGCCUAGAAUAGGGGGGAAACUGGGUGGGGGCAGGAGGUGGCCCAAGACAUGAGGACCCAGGAGGUUAAGGGGGUAGCCUAGGACAGGAGUAACCUGUUUGGUAGGAGAUGGCCCAAGUUGGGGAGACCUGGGUGAGGGCAAAAGUGGCCCAGGACAGGAGGGACCCGGGUGGGGGCAGGAGGUGGCCUGGGACAGGGGGUUCAUUGGUCAGGUACACAUCCUUCCAGUCUCCUAGAGCCCAGCACCUACACAUUUGACUACCUACCUCUGUGGCUCUUUUCUUCAGGCUCUUUCUCUGGGGGUGGCCGAGCCGGCUACAUGCCCAGAGCUCAGGCCCUCCUGCCCCCAGGCCAAGUGUGUGGGAGCCCCACCCCCACUACACUGGGCUGCCUGCCCCUGCGCUCACUCUGGCACAGGGGCCCCUGCAGUCACCCCUCAGUCAUCCCGAUCUGAGGGCUCUGGCUGCCUGCCCACCACCCCGUUGUCUGGCGUCACUUUGAGCGGGCGUGACCCCUGCCCCUGGGGCCAGUAGGGCCCCUUGGUCUGUUGUUGCCCCACGCUUGGGUUCAGGGCGUGGGGAGCAGUGCAGGGGUGGCAGGCCUGGGCUCGGCACUCAGUGUUCCACAAGAACUUCGUGCCCCUGAUCUUCGGGACUAAGAGAAGGUCAAGCUCCCUGUGUGGGAUGGAACGUUCUGCCCUCCACCUGGUGGCAGGAAGGCUCCUGAGGCAGGGCCCGGACAGGGAGGCACCGCCGGCGUGGGGCACUGGGAAGGGGUUCCAAAGAGGGCUGGAGCUGGGGGACUUCGGACUCAGAAAGCGAGGUGCAGAGACAUCCCUGGGAGCUAGUGGACCCAGCAAGCACCCCCAGCCCCUCCAUUUUCUGCCUGUCUCCCUGGGCUGGGACCCAGAUGCCCCCCGUCUUUGGCGGGCAGGAUCUCAAGAGGGCCCCGCCCCUGCCCAGUCUGCCGCCAAGCCCUCUGCAGCCACCUCUUCUGCCAGUUCUGAGAAGUUCCAGGGGGAAUGGUUUGUGGUUGGCCUAGCGGGCAGCACCCACAGGAAGAUGGACAGAUUCCUGCUGAACCCAUUCACUGCAGUGUUCGAGCAAAAUAAGAACAGCCGCCUUGAAGUGUCGUAUGCCAUGAUCCGGGGCCGCCGCUGUGUCUCCUGGUCCUACGUGCUGAUUCCGGCAGCAAAGCCCGGGGCGUUCUCGGUGGACAGCAGGGAGGAGCCUGAGGAGGUCCAGGUGUACGACACUGACUACAGCGUGUUCGCUCUGAUGCUGUUCAGAAGACAGUCGGGCGGCCAGAGCGUCCUCAGGGUCACCCUGCUAUGCGCUGGGCCUGUCGGACGACAACGUCGUCUUCCCGGACCUGACAGAGUGGUCACCCCAGCUGGGAACCUGCUGAAGGUGGACGCGGCUCCCCCACGCAAGGCCUCUCCCCUGCUCGCAGCGAGGAAUAAAGGCUCUGUGUCGGGGUCCAGCCGUGUGUGCCAGCGUGACCUUGGGGGGGUGGGUGCGAGUAGGGGCGGGCCCUCCGAGCGCACUCAUGCCCACCCCUGCCCACCAGGCCCGUCCGCAGCCUCCAGUCUCCUCAGGAGUGUGUCUGCCGGUCACUGCGGGUCCCUGCGGGUCCCCUCCGUCCUGCCCGCAUGGUCCCCAGAGACACGAGUUCACAGACCUCCCCACCUCCCCAGUCCCCAGAGCCCUGGAACUGCCAUGAGGGGUGCAGCGGGGGGCCCGGAAGAGGAGCAGCCUAGACACAGCUGCCCCGGCCUGGAGGGUGGGGGAGGGCUGGGCAGAGAGGUUUGGCUUCCUGUUGUGGGGGGCCGGCCGGACCCCCACCGGGUAUAGGGAUCCUUCAGGUGCAGAGAGCCCUAACCCAGGACCCCAACCGUCUGUGCACACCUGAGAGGCAGCUGCCCUGUCCCAGAUAGGACCAGUCUCCGCCCCGCCCCGCCCCACCAUCCUGGCCCCAUGGAGCGCCAAGCAGGGGGCAGCAGGCCAAGCCCAGGGCCUGUGGGGAAGCUGAUCCCACCAGAGAUCAAGGAACAUGGGGACCUCUCACUCCGUGCCAGAUUGCAUUUCUUUGGCCUGAGUGCCCCCCUCCCCACCCCAGUCUGGCCCUGUUCCUCCCUCAGGGCAGAGUCAGCAGAAGGGGUGAAAGCAGGUGGCCUGGCCCUGGGCCAGUCUUUGUCCCUCUGGCGGCCACCUGGCCUGUCAGCUUCAGCCCUGGGUGGCAGGAGGGGCCCUUCCCCGUGGUCUGGGUCACACCUUCCUCCCAGCCUUUUCCGUGGAGGCCACACAAAGCCCUGUACUGUGACAGUGACAUCCAUGAGCCGCCUAGGGCUUCCCCUGGUCCUGGGAGCACAGAGCUGCCUCCCAGAGGAGUGUUCCAUGCCCCAGAUGGGCCCCGGAGAUCUGGGACGGGGGCCGCUGCCCCAGCGUCCUGACGGAGAGGUCUCCUUUAGCCCUUCUCCAGCCAUAGCCCGUCCCGCUGGUGGCCCCCAAGCCGCGGCGCGCCCUCCCUGGGCCCACGGGCAGGUGUCCCACUGAGCCCACCUGCCGGCGGAGAGCUGGCCAGGGAUGGCUGGGGCAGACAGGGCCGGGAGCUCA